AUGUCAACAUGCCCUUGCUUUAUGGUGAAGGUCCCAAGGCAUUCAUUCGCUUACAGCCACGAAAUCAUGGAGAGGUCAGACGACCACACAUCAUUCGCUUGGGGCUAUGGAAAAUAUAGUCGUUGGGAUCCUGAAACCAACCAAAAGCUCGCAUUCGUUUCGAACGGCUUAGCGGCAUCAGCGUGGAAUUUUUAUAACAUCAAAGAUGUUCAACUCUACCGACCAGACUGGCUGAGGUCAUCGCAUUAUGGCAAGACCAACAAGGGUAUUCUAAUGAAGCUUCCUGCACUGACACUGCCUGACUGUGAUACUAUCCUGGUUGCACUCAACUGCAUCGUCAUUACUCACUCUCACAUAAUUCUAGCGCACCCUCUCAUACCGCAUGGUACAGAUCUAGACGUGUACGAGCGUUUUGCGGAAUCUGUGCCAGUACUUGUUCCUGAGAGCGAUUCUGAGUGUCGAAGCAUCUACAUUACGUCAGAUCCCCGGUACCAGCGGCUACUCUCGGUUUUCCAGGUUGGUAUUGACAUCGACCUGAAUACUUUCUGGGAUCAAGGCUUUUCAAUUUCAUUGAUCUAUCCUCCUCCUCUUGGUGUACAGCUGAAACCUAUUCAGAAACUCAUUACACUUGAAUACCCAGAUACCGACUGGUCCAUGAUACGAUAUUCUACUAUACUCUAG